GUACUCACGUAGGGGGUAAUGCGGAUUCGUCGGCACGUAUCGCGCUGACGGUUGGACGCAUUCGAGGGUGCUUGGUAUCCGGCGUCGUCGCAUUGGAAAGCUUCUGCGGUCUUUUCCUCGGCGUCUUCGCCCUCAGCUUUCUCGCAACAUACCCCUGAGAGUGGCAGGUUGCCUGCGUCAUGGCGGAGGAGGACGACGACACUGGCUUCGAUGAGGACGUCGAAGAUGGCGGAUUGGGCGCGGACGGCGGACACGGCAGGAGGAAGCGGCUCUUUUCUAAGGAGCUGCGCUGCAUGAUGUACGGUUUCGGCGACGACCAGAACCCGUACACAGAGUCCGUGGACAUCCUGGAGGACCUGGUGAUCGAGUUUAUCACGGAGAUGACGCACAAAGCCAUGUCGAUCGGGCGCCAGGGCCGCGUGCAGGUGGAGGACAUCGUGUUCCUCAUCCGGAAGGACCCGCGGAAGUUCGCGCGCGUGAAGGAUCUGCUCACUAUGAACGAGGAGCUGAAGAGAGCGCGCAAGGCCUUCGACGAGGCCAACUACGGCUCGUGAGACUGACAACAAAAACACGUGGCGUGCGUUCAGUGGUAGACCCCGCGCGGCCAACGUGUGCAGCAGCAAAGGAGGCUUUAUACAUCGUUUCCGUUUCUGUUUUGUGGAGGCAGCUUUGCCCCCUGGGUUUUAAUAAAUGUACAGUAAAGUUGCA